CUUAUUAAAAAACAAUCAUCCUCAUGACACCAAAACCUUAUUUAUUUAAAUAGAACAAUGAUUCAUUAACAAAUUGUCUAAUUUAUGUGGGGCAGAGGUGGAUGUAGGUGCAGAAGCUCCGCCCAGAGGCGUGGGUGUACGAGGUGUGACACAGUUUGAGCCGAAUACAAACUAGAGCUGACGGAGAGUUUCUGCCAGUGUUCAUCUCCUCAGUGAGUGAGUCUAAAUCUGUCAGGUAAGACUUUUUACUUUUAUACUUCUGUCAUUUAUUACACAUAUGGUAAAGGCAAAGUUUUUAGCUAAUACCUGACAGCUUGAUGUAAACAGAGCGCUAACAAGGUUUUCUUUAUGAGUCUUUAAAAUGGACCUUGUGUUUAUAUCUGCUGUCUGUUAAACUUGCAGCAAAAAUAACAAAACUGAGUAGAAAAAACUUCAAACCUCACUUAACUUUGUACACUACAAAGACUCUUUGGUUAAUUUUACACAUGGUGGCACUUUUUCUGUUAUUUCUGUCUUUCAGCUGUUUUCCAUCUCAUUUGCUUAUUUUUCAUGCUGCUCUAAAAAAACAUAGACCCACCUUUUGGGGAUAACUUCUAUUUGCAUAAGGUGAAUAACCAGGGGCUUUUUCCCUUUCAUCUAAAUAUUUUCUCCUGUUUUCAACCAACAUUGUGGUCAUUGAACAUCACUAGAAUAUGAAUGAUCAUAUUCAAUACAUGAUCUGUGUUUUAAUGUGUCAAUUAAAGGAUUAUAAAAGGACUUUUCUCCUACCAGAGGCUGAAGGAUAAUCCCUUUCUCAGGAUGACGCACCAGUUCCCUGCACUCUCCGAGGCCCAGAAGAGGGAGCUGCAUGAGACCGCUCUACGCAUAGUUUCUCCAGGGAAGGGCAUCCUGGCUGCAGAUGAGUCCGUAGGUCUGUAACAUUACCUUUACUGAACUUGCAGGACACCUCUUCACCAUUGAUAUCUACUGCCCAUCCAGUGGAGAACUCAUUCAAGUCUGAUAUGAUAACUGCUAUCUACAGGCAGCAUGGCCAAGCGGCUGGCCCAGGUUGGAGUGGAGAACACGGAGGAGAACCGCAGACAGUUCCGGCAGAUUCUCUUCAGUGCGGAUGAUCGCAUUAAUGGCUGUAUUGGGGGGGUCAUCUUCUUCCAUGAGACGCUGUAUCAGCACUCUGAUAACGGCGUCCCUUUUGUCAAAAUGAUCAGGGACAGAGGCAUCAUGGUCGGCAUCAAGGUGUGACUAUUCAGAACCAAAUAACAUAUUCAUUUGUUAUAUUCUCAGGUAAAAAGUUACUGGUUAUGGACCUGCAUAUGAAGAUUUAGUUUGACUUAUUUGACUGGUUGGUUUCCUAUACCUCAGGUCGACAAAGGUGUUGUCCCCUUGGCAGGGACAUCCGGAGAAACCACUACACAAGGUCAGACUGAAACAACUUCAGAUCAUGAUACAUGCAUAUACAUUAGAAGACAUUAUAAUGAGUUUUUCUGUUUCUUUUUGCAGGUCUAGAUGGUUUGUCAGAGCGCUGUGCACAGUACAAAAAGGAUGGAGCCGUCUUUGCAAAGUGGCGUUGUGUCCUCAAAGUCAGUGAAGUCAAUCCAUCUAAACUGGCCAUUGCAGAAAAUGCAAAUGUGCUUGCACGCUAUUCUAGCAUUUGCCAGCAGGUUAGGACUUCAUGCUGUUCGGCUAAAUGGUCAAUUAAAUACAUCUUUAUCAUGUCAUGCACCUUCACUGUUUCGAUGACCUCUCCUUUCUCGACUAGCACGGCAUUGUGCCCAUCAUCGAGCCAGAGAUUCUGCCUGAUGGGGAUCAUGACCUGAAACGAAGCCAGUACAUCACUGAGAAAGUAAAUAACCUGAACAUGACAGCGUGACCUUGUUGCCUCAUGAGAAAAUGUGAAAUAGAGAAGAGGAGAGAAAGUUAUCCAGACUUUUAUCUGUGUAAUAAUCUGUGUGUUUCAGAUCCUGUCUGCAGUGUACAAGGCCAUGUCAGACCACCAUGUUUACCUGGAGGGCACUCUCCUCAAACCCAACAUGGUCACAGCCGGACAUAGCUGCCCCACCAAGUACAGCCCAGAGGAGGUUGCUAUGGCAACUGUCACCGCCUUGCGCCGCACUGUACCCCCAGCCGUUCCAGGUAAUCAAAGGGCUGUCAACAGAGGAUGUCUCACAAACAUGUGCAGAGUGCACAGGAAUAAAGUGAAAGUAAAAUGACAUUUUUCUGUACCUGCAGGAGUGACUUUUCUCUCAGGUGGUCAGAGUGAAGAGGAGGCUUCUGUCCACCUUAAUGCUAUUAACAACUGCCCUCUGGCUAAACCCUGGAUCCUGACAUUCUCCUUUGGCAGAGCGCUUCAGGCGUCUGCUCUCAGAGCCUGGAGAGGACAUAAAGAGAACGAGAAAGUCGCCACAGAGCAGUUCAUCAAGAGAGCAGAGGCAUGCAAACCUUUUAUUUUCAGCAAUUAAACAAAAAAAGAAAAUCCUUUACUUUCCCUCCAAAUAACCACUGUUUCCUGUCUUGUGUUUGUUUGCAGGCGAACAGCUUAGCAUGUCAAGGGAAGUAUACUGGUGCUGAUCACUACAGUGAGGUCGGCCCGCGUGUCUACGGCUCCUGUCACGCUUACUGAUUUGUCUGUAAAAACCUAAUUUCAGUCAGCAUUGUGUUCUUCAUUACCAUAACAAGGAGAAACUGUAACCUUAAUAAUUUAGUUGUUUUAGGAUCCUGACACUCAUUACUACCUUAAAUGCAAAACAAUUUACAGUGUGUUUUCUUGCCUUGACAAAUGAGGACAAUCACAACAUGGCCUUGGGGAUUUCUAAUGCAUGGAUUGGAUGAAAUAUGUUAGUGUUUUCUUUUGUUUAGUGUACAAUAUACUCUUGUGCCAGUGACGUAUCUAUAGCUUUAAGUAAACUGAUUUCCAGUAGCAUUAGUUUAAACUGCAGCACUCUUCCCCCGAAUCAACCAUAUCUGCACUGUGGCUAGUGCUUGGAAGCUAAAACCCCGGUGUUUCCUUGCACCUUGACUGAACAGCAACUUUCAGGUUAUACUUCAAGUUGAAAGGAUGUAAAUUUAAAGGCAAUGUAAGGUUAAUUUAAGGUUGAUAAUUUAAGAUAGUUGGUGGUUGGUGGGUAACAUUAGCUGUUGUGUGACCAUGGCUAUAAUAAGAGAUGUUGGUCUUAUUUCAAAUGGUCUGAAUUCUUUCGAGGGAAACAAUAACAUUUGUUUAAUUGCUCUUUUACCAUAUUUGAAUUAAAAAACAGUGAAAAGCAUUUAAAACAAAUUAGCACUUGAGCUUCGAAACCUCACAACCUCAGUGGUGUCAAAUAUUCAAUCUAUUUAUGUCGAUAUAUCUUCGUGACAAAAUAAGCCUCUGUCUGUGAGAGUUUAUUUUUGAGGGUGAAGCAGCAGCCUUUUGAGUUAAAGUUAAUUCCUCAUGUGUUAGUUCAUUACAAUCACUAUAAUAGCCAUCUUCAACAUAAUGUGUUUUGGUGUCAUUCUGGAUAUUGUAUUUUGCAUGUGAGUUUGUGUUAACAGCUGUUUAAAAGCACACAUUCAAGCAAUAAAAACAUAGUAAGGUUACGCUCAAUGUGGAUAAUUUUGUUAUUUUGUGAUGAUCAAGGUUGUGGGUCUGUUUCCUACAAGAAAACAUUCAAACUUGUAAGAGGUAUGGGAACAACUCACUAGAAAUGGGUUGUAGUUUUCUUGUCCAAAAGACUGAGAACAUGAUUGAAAACACGUUACACAAAC